AUGGAGGCCAUCAAGAAGAAGAUGCAGAUGCUGAAGCUGGACAAGGAGAAUGCCAUUGAUCGUGCAGAGCAGGCUGAGACCGACAAGAAGGCAGCAGAGGACAAGUGCAAGCAGGUGAGUUGAGAAAGAGACAUGCCGAUGGAUCUACAGUAUAAAACACCAUUCAGUUGACACAGUAGAAUGGCACUUAGACAGUUACAGAAGGAUAAAGUGCAGGAUUUAAUCAAAAGGUAUGAUGAGUUUAAAGCACUGCACAACUUUUCACAAGAGAUAUCCGAGUUAGAUGAUGAUGAUGCUUAAAUUGAAACCAUGUCGGGCUCUGAUGUUGUCUCAUACUGCUCUAGACUCUGUAAGCCAAUCUAAACAUUUGUUCCAUACCAGACGUAUUUCUGAGAAAAUGAGGUGUAAACACAUCACAGUUUAUUUAAUUAAUCCAAUGCAAAUAUGUUUGAUUAAAAUGUGGACCUAAAUCAAAGAUUUAUAGUGUUAGCAAAUGUAUUGUUAGUGAAGAUAGAAGAUGUAGGACCAAGUCAGUUGAUUAGAGAAUCAAAGUUGAUCCAGUGUGCAUAUACCUGUAAUAGCUGCAGCUGACCAGAGCACAGCUCAGUGUGAAAGUGUUUAGGUUGGGUUAAAUCAACAAAUGACUCUCUGAAAGAUGAAGAUGCUGACAUAUGAGGAAAAAUUCCUUACCAACAGCCCACAGCAGCCUUGGGAGGGAAAGAGGACAGGAUGACAACUCCUUCAAUGGACAACACACAGUACCACUGGAACUUGACAAGUAUAACCUCUGAGUAUGGCUUUAGUUACAUAGUCCAAAGAUUCAUGAUGAUCUGAGUACUAUAUCCCCCAGGCUUGGACUAAACUGAUGCCAACUGAAAAAACGUAUUUAGAAAAAAGGACAAAUAGGUGCUGGAUGCAGCGUCAUCUUGAUGGAUGGUCUGUUGACAACAAGGCUCGGCCCAAAUCAGGAUAAGCCCAGGGGUGGUCGUGGUCCUACAAUUCCACCCUCCACAGCCACGGAGAUAGACCCAGGCCCCAGAGCCUAUUCACCCCGAGUUUGGAGGUUUGUGAUGGGGCUCUGGAGAGGUAUGGCUGGAGCAGAGGAGUCUUGCUGGGGACCACUGAUAGACCAAGGGCAUAUGUACGGGAGUCCAUCCAAGUGCCUGACAGGUGUCUCCAUCGCCUGAGAGAACACAGUGUCAACCGCAGCUGUAUUUUUAGACAACAGAGAGCUAGGCCGUGUGGAAUCCAGUGGGAUUAUCAGAAGCACUUCAGAGCCCCACAGGCACAGAGGGGAACUCUGGUUAGGGACUACUUAGCCCCCAGUGUGUGUGCAGGCUCUGCAUGCCAGCGCUCUAUAGUUCUGACAAAAAAUGAACACCGCUUUCAACAGCCCAAGGGAAGUCACCAUGCACAUUAUAGACUUAUCAUCUCAUCACUGUUGCUUUGUGUGUGUGUGUGUGUGUGUGUGUGUGUGUAUAUGUGUGUGGGUGGGUGGGUGGGUGAGUGACAGAGAGAGCUAACUGUGUUCACUAUUAACUAACAAACAUCUGUCCUGCUCUAGCUGGAAGACAAGCUGCUGAGCCUGCAGAAGAACCUGAAGGGGACUGAAGAUGAGCUGGACAAAUACUCUGAGGCCCUCAAAGACGCCCAGGAAAAACUGGAACAGUCUGAGAAAACUGCCGCAGACGUGAGUGGGAAGCAAAGCACCCUGGGUAGAGCCCCUAUCACACGCCCAUUGGGUUGUGAUUGGAGGAAGGGGACUAGGAGGAGGUUGGGGGUGUGGGUUAAGUAUGUUUGGGGCAGACCCUAACCCACACACUCAUUAACCAAACCACAGGCCCCCAAGUUACAUUUGAGUCAUUUAGCAGACGCUCUUAUCCAGAGCGACUUACAGUUAGUGAGUGCAUACAUUAUUUUUUAUUUUUCAUACUGGCCCCCCGUGGGAAUCAAACCCACAACCCUGGCGUUGCAAACGCCAUGCUCUACCAACUGAGCUAUAUCCUUGCCGGCCAUUCCCUCCCCUACCCUGGACGACGCUUGGCCAAUUGUGCGCCGCCCCAUGGGUCUCCCGGUCGCGGCCGGCUAUGACAGAGCCUGGAUUCAAACCAGGAUCUCUAGUGGCACAGCUAGCACUGCGAUGCAGUGCCUUAGACCACUGCGCCACUCAGAUGGUUACGUUUGUUUAGAAAAUGUAUAAACCAAAGAGCCAACUAAGAAAAACGAGCUAAUAUUGCUUAUUUGAGGAACGGUGCUGUAAUAGUCCAUCUAUAACACAGGUGCUCUGUUAUAAGAAGUCCCUACCAAGGCUAUAAUAUGCUGUUAGAUAAUUGUUCAAUAUCAAAUCAAAUAAUAUUUGUAACAUGCUUCGCAAACAACAGGUGCAGACUAACAGUGAAAUGCUUACUUACGGGCAAUGUUCCCUCUAAGCUGCGCACGUGCGCGGCCCCGCACUUCCUCCAGGACUGCUGCGCAGAAGAAACGCCAUGCUGCGACGCACUUUUUAAAUUUUUAUCCUCAUCAAUCUACAUACAAUACCCCAUAAUGACCAAGGUUUUUAAAAAUGUUUUUAGAAAUUUUUGCAAAGUUAUUAAAAAUAAAGAGCUGAAAUAUCACAUUUACAUAAGUAUUCAGACCCUUUACUCAGUACUUUGUUGAAGCACCUUUGGCAGCGAUUACAGCCUCAAGUCUUCUUGGGUAUGAUGCUACAAGCUUGGCACACAUGUAUUUAGGGAGUUCCUCCCAUUCUUCUCUGCAGAUUCUCUCAAGCUCUGUCACAGCUAUUUUCAGGUCUCUCCAGAGAUGUUCGAUCGGGUUCAAGUCCGGCUCUGGCUGGGCCACUCAAGGACAUUCAGAGACUUGUCCUGAAGCCACUCCUGCAUUGUCUUGGCUGUGUGCUUAGGGUCGUUGUCCUGUUGGAAGGUGAACCUUCGCCCCAGUCUGAGGUCCUGAGCGCUUUGGAGCACGUUUUCAUCAACGAUCUCUCUGUACUUUGCUCCAUUCAUCUUUCCCUCGAUCCUGACUAGUCUCCCAGUCCCUGCCGCAGAAACAAAUCCCCACAGCAUUAUGCUGCCACCACCAUGCUUCACCGUAGGGAUAGUGCCAGGUUUUCUCCAGAUGUGACGCUUGGCAUUCAGGCCAAAGAGUUCAAUCUUGGUUUCAUCAGACCAGAGAAUCUUGUUUCUCAUGGUCUGAGAAUCUUUAGGUGCCUUUUGGCAAAUUCCAAGCGGGUUGUCAUGUGCUUUUUACUGAGGAGUGGCUUCCAUCUGGCCACUCUACCAUAAAGGCCUGAUUGGUUGAGUGCUGCAGAGAUGGUUGUCCUUCUGGAAGAUUCUCCCAUCUCCACAGAGGAACUCUGGAGCUCCUACAGAGUGACAAUCGGGAUCUUGGUCACCUCCCUGACCAAUGCCCUUCUCCCUUGAUUGCUCAGUUUGGCCAGGUGGCCAGCUCUAGGAAGAGUCUUGGUGGUUCCAAACUUCUUCCAUUUAAGAAUGAUGGAGGCCACUGUGUUCUUGGGGACCUUCAAUGCUGCAGACAUUUUUAGGUAUCCUUCCCCAGAUCUGUGCCUCAACACAAUCAUGUCUCGGAGCUCUACGGACAAUUCCUUCGACCUCAUGGCUUGGUUUUUGCUCUGACAUGCAAUGUCAACUGUGGGACCUUAUAUAGACAGGUGUGUGCUUUUCCAAAUCAUGUCCAUAGUUGGACUCCAAUCAUCUCUACGAUGAUCAAUGGAAACAGGAUGUACCUGAGCUCAAUUUCGAGUCUCAUAGCAAAGAGUCUGAAUAAGUAUGUAAAUAAGGUAUUUCUGUUUGUUUUGUUUUUUUAAUUUGCAAACAUUUCUAAAAACCUGUUUUCGCUUUGUCAUUAUGGGCUAUUGUGUGUAGAAUGAGGAGGAAAAAUAUGUAUUUAAUCCAUUUGUCACGAUCGUCGUAGAGAGUAGACCAAUGCGCAGCGUUAGUUGCAAACAUACUAAACUUUAUUAUCUUUAGUGAUAAUAUAACAACAAAACAAUAAACGAAACGUGCAGUCCUACGGUUAACACGGAAACAAACCAAACGGAAACAAGAUCCCACAAACACUAAGGGAAACAGACUGUUUAAAUAUGGCUCCCAAUCAGAGACAACCAGCAACAGCUGACACUCGUUGCCUCUGAUUGGGAGCCACUCUGGCCAACAUAGAAAAUCAACAACUAGAACUCCCACACAGAACAAAAACACAUAGAAUCUACACACCCUGGCUCAACAUAUAGAGUCCCCAGAGCCAGGGUGUGACAGUACCCCCCCCCCCAAAGGCGCGGACUGCGACCGCGCCUCAACAAAACCCAAACAGGGGAGGGCUGGGUGGGCAUUCCUCCUCGGAGGCGGUUCCGGCUCCGGGCUUGACCACCACCCUUCAAUAAUCCCCCCGUAGCGCCCCUGGUCCGGUCUGGUCCCGCAGGCUGGAGCUGAACUGGACAUCGAAGGAGCGGAUUGCUUAAGCUCCGUUGUGGAGCAGCUGACCGGUACCUGAUCAGGCACCGGUGACCCAGGCACGGGUUGUGCCGGACUGACGACGCGCACCCCUGGCCUGGUGCGUGGAGCAGGAACGGACCGGACCGGGCUGACGAUGCGCACCCCUGGCUUGGUGCGUGGAGCAGGAACGGACCGGACCGGGCUGACGAUGCGCACCCCUGGCUUGGUGCGUGGAGCAGGAAUGGACCGGACCGGGCUGACGAUGCGCACCCCUGGCUUGGUGCGUGGAGCAGCAACGGGCCGGACCGUGCUGACGAUGCGCACCCCUGGCUUGGUGCGUGGAGCAGGAGCGGGCCGUACCGGGCUGACGACGCGCACCCCUGGCUUGGUGCGAGUGGCAGGAACAGGCCGGGCCGGGCUGGCGACGCGCACCGUAGGCUUGGUGCGAGGAGCAGGAACAGGCCGGGCCGGGCUGGCGACGCGCACCGUAGGCUUGGUGCGAGUGGCAGGAACAGGCCGGGCCGGGCUGGCGACGCGCACCGUAGGCUUGGUGCGAGUGGCAGGAACAGGCCGGGCCGGGCUGGCGACGCGCACCGUAGGCUUGGUGCGAGUGGCAGGAACAGGCCGGGCCGGGCUGGCGACGCGCACCGUAGGCUUGGUGCGAGGAGCCGGAACAGGCCGGGCCGGGCUGGCGACGCACACCGUAGGCUUGGUGCGAGGGGCAGGAACAGGCCGGGCCGGGCUGGCGACGCACACCGUAGGCUUGGUGCGAGGGGCAGGAACAGGCCGGGCCGGGCUGGCGACGCACACCGUAGGCUUGGUGCGAGGGGCAGGAACAGGCCGGGGCGGGCUGGCGACGCACACCGUAGGCUUGGUGUGAGUGGCAGGAACAGGCCGGGCCAGGCUGGCGACGCACACCGUAGGCUUGGUGCGAGUGGCAGGAACAGGCCGGGCCGGGCUGGCGACGCACACCGUAGGCUUGGUGCGAGUGGCAGGAACAGGCCGGGCCGGGCUGGCGACGCGCACCGUAGGCUUGGUGCGAGGGGCAGGAACAGGCCGGGCCGGGCUGGCGACACGCACCGUAGGCUCGGUGCGAGGAACAGGAACAGGCCGGGCCGGGCUGGCGACGCACACCGUAGGCUCGGUGCGAGGAGCAGGAACAGGCCGGGCCGGGCUGGCGACGCGCACCGUAGGCUUGGUGCGAGUGUCAGGAACAGGCCGGGCCGGGCUGGCGACACGCACCGUGGGCUUGGUGCGAGGAACAGGAACAGGCCGGACCGUACUGGGAACACACACCACUGGCCUUAAACGGGGAUCAGGAACGGGCCGGACCGGACUGGCAAUACACCUCAGUACCUCUCGCCGUGCCUCUACAUCUUCCUUCCCUCUUCUCACCAAUGGCUCCCGUAACCUGGUGGCCUUCUGAACUCGCCCCUUAUAUGCCUCCAGCAGCCCCGUCGUCCAUGCCAUGUGCCCCCCCCUAAAAAAUGUUUGGGGUUGCCUCUCGUCCGUCCGACGACGACACUGUUGACGCCGUUGCUCCUCUCUCCGUCGCGCCUCUACCGUCUCACUCCAUGGACGGCGAUCCAUCCCGGCCUGGAUUUCCUCCCAGGUCCAGGACCCCUGCCCGUCCAAUAUUUGCUCCCACGUCCAGGCUGCCUGCUCCUGGACACGCUGCUUGGUCCUGGUAUGGUGGGAUCUUCUGUCACGUUCGUCGUAGAGAGUAGACCAAUGCGCAGCGUUAGUUGCAAACAUACUAAACUUUAUUAUCUUUAGUGAUAAUAUAACAACAAAACAAUAAACGAAACGUGCAGUCCUACGGUUAACACGGAAACAAACCAAACGGAAACAAGAUCCCACAAACACUAAGGGAAACAGACUGUUUAAAUAUGGCUCCCAAUCAGAGACAACCAGCAACAGCUGACACUCGUUGCCUCUGAUUGGGAGCCACUCUGGCCAACAUAGAAAAUCAACAACUAGAACUCCCACACAGAACAAAAACACAUAGAAUCUACACACCCUGGCUCAACAUAUAUACUCCCCAGAGCCAGGGUGUGACACCAUUUUAGAAUAAGGCUGUAACGUAACAAAAUGUGGCAAAAGUAAAAGGGUCUGAAUACUUUCAGAAUGCACUGUAUAUCAUAGAAAUCAAAAGCUAUUUCCAUGUGAACAUUUUAUGGGAUUUGCUCCAUUGGUUUUGUUGGUAGGCCUACAUUAUGCUCAAAUAGCCACAAUAGCCUAUUGGCCACUGUCUAAAACUUUAAGGGUAUAAAUAGUGACACGAGGAAUAAAUACACAGUGAAUAACGAAUAACAAUAACAAGUAAAAAUAACAUGCUAUAUACAGGGAGCACCAGUGCCGAGUCGAUGUGCAGGGGUACAAAGUUAUUGAGGUAGCUAUGUACAUAUAGGUAGGGGUAAAGUGACUACGCAACAGGAUAAAUAAUAGACCAUAGCAGCAGCGUAUGUGGUGAGUGUGAAAGUGUGCAAGUGUGUGUGGUGUCAUUAUGCAUGUGUGUGCAACGUGUUAUGUGUGUGUGUGGGCGUAUGUAGUGUGUGUGUGUGUGUGUGUGUGUGUGUGUGUGUGUGUGUGUGUGUGUGUGUGUCUGUGUGUUGGGGUGUCAGUGUAAGUAUGUGUAAGUGUGUGGGAAGAGUCCAGUUUUUGUGCAUAGAGUUAGUGCAAAAAAGGGACAAUGCAGGUAGUCCGGGUAGCCAUUUGAUUAGCUAUUUAGCAGUCUUGUUUAGCAGUCUUAUGGCUUGGGGGAAGAAGCUGUUCAGGGUCCUAUUGGUUCCAGACUUGGUGCACUGGUAGAACAGUCUGGCUUGGGUGGCUGGAUUCUGACAAUUUUUUGGCUGUUCCUCUGACAGUGCCUGGUAUAGAGGUCCUGGAUGGCAGGGAGCUCGGGCCCCCGUGAUGUACUGGACCAUACACACCACCCUCUGUAAUGCCUUGCGGUCGGGUGCCUUGCAGUUGCUUUACCACACGGUGAUGCAGCCAGUCAAGAAGCUCUCAAUGGUGCAGCUGUAGAACUUAAAGGCCCAUGCCAAAUCAUUUCAGCCUCCUAAGGGUGAAGAGGCACUAUCAUGCCCUCUUCACAACUGUGUUGGUGUGUGUGGACCAUGUUAAUUUCUUAUUGAUGUGGACACCGAGGAACUUAAAGCUCUAGACCCGCUCCACUACAGCCCUAUCGAUGUGGAUGGGGGCGUGCUCUGCCCUCCGUUUCCUGUAGUCCACGAUCAGCUCCUUUACAGUAUUGAGCAUUAGUGGAAUGGCUCCCACCUGUUGGGAUCAAUGAUUUAUGUAUACACUAGAUGACUGUGUUGAAGCCCCCGUGCUUCCAUCUUGGCACUCUUCCACCAUUGUAAAUAAUAUUUUGGAAGCUAUAGAAAUGCAUUUAUUAAUGUCUACAUUCGUUUUUGCCAUAUGUAUUCUAUUACAGACACCUUCAUGAAUACGUUUUAAUUACAUUAUGUGAGCUAAACAUCAACAUUUAAAAAACCAAUAUAUAUAGAAACAUUUUCUAAAAGUACAAUAUUUUUAGAUAACUAAGGUAACUGUCCCCACUACAACAAAAACAUUGUCCUUGUAAUAUUUGAUUGAAAUACUGUAGAAUUUCAUGAAUUCCCAUAGAGUACCACAGUAUGAGUCGUAAUAACCAUAAAACCUAGCGGUCAAACAUGGAAAUGGCUCCUAUCAUUUUUCCACCAUUCAUUGUUCCCAUAGGGGAUUUUAGAAACACUUAAAAUAAGGUCUCUGUUUCGUGUAGGCUUACCCUGGCAUGACGUUUUGAUAACCAUGUAAAUCUCUCUAGGAUAAGGUGACUUUUUAUCAACAUAUUUGCCUGUAUUUACCCCCAAUAAUGAAAAGCCAAUUAGCUGCUAAUGUGGCUAUCAUAAAGAACUAAAAAUGCCAUGAUGAUCUGGACGAGACUGGCGAAUCGAGACAAAUGUAAGAAUCUCUGGAUUAACUAUCUAAUGUUAGCUAAAUGUAGUAAUGAAUAAACUGGCAACAUUUCUUUAAAUUUAUAAUUCUGUGAACUGUCUUGUGCAAGUUUAAAUUGACACAAUACCUGUUAGCAAACGUGUCAGCUAGAGAUGACGUGCAGGAGCUGGCAGGGAUUUGUAGUUUUGCAUGAUGUCUACUUUGAUGCUAAUUAGUAUUUUCGAAACUGAGAGUAAAUAGAGCCAAAUAUAUUGAUAAAAGUUACCUUGUCCGAGAGAGAUUUAAAUAGUUAUCAAACCGUCACGCCAGGAUAAGCCUACACAAAACACAGCCCUUAUUUUAAGAGUUUCUAAAACCAUCUCCCUGUUUGACCACUAGGUUUUAUGGGAAUUAUGACACUGCUCCUACUGGGGAGUGCCAAUAUGGUCGACCGGCAGCUUCAAAGCCUCUCAAUGGCCAAUACAUAGCAUCAGCAAUCCAGGGUUUAUAUACAUCAUUGGUUGGGACCUGGGCCUUUGUGCUAAGAGGCCUACACCAAAUAUGGCCAGCAAUGUACUCAGCUACCCACCACAUGCUAUUGUUUUGAAUGUUGAUAUACAUUCUACUUGUUCUAGUUAUAUGGCUGGCCCGUUGCCCCAGUGCCAGCUGUGAGUGUGCUUUGAUCAGGCCUGUCUGCUGGGAGGAGAUCAGAGUUUGUAUACAGUGGGGGAAAAAAGUAUUUAGUCAGCCACCAAUUGUGCAAGUUCUCCCACUUAAAAAGAUGAGAGAGGCCUGUAAUUUUCAUCAUAGGUACACGUCAACUAUGACAGACAAAAUGAGGGAAAAAAAAUCCAGAAAAUCACAUUGUAGGAUUUUUAAUGAAUUUAUUUGCAAAUUAUGGUGGAAAAUAAGUAUUUGGUCAAUAACAAAAGUUUCUCAAUACUUUGUUAUAUACCCUUUGUUGGCAAUGACACAGGUCAAACGUUUUCUGUAAGUCUUCACAAGGUUUUCACACACUGUUGCUGGUAUUUUGGCCCAUUCCUCCAUGCAGAUCUCCUCUAGAGCAGUGAUGUUUUGGGGCUGUCGCUGGGCAACACAGACUUUCAACUCCCUCCAAAGAUCUUCUAUGGGGUUGAGAUCUGGAGACUGGCUAGGCCACUCCAGGACCUUGAAAUGCUUCUUACGAAGCCACUCCUUCGUUGCCCGGGCGGUGUGUUUGGGAUCAUUGUCAUGCUGAAAGACCCAGCCACGUUUCAUCUUCAAUGCCCUUGCUGAUGGAAGGAGGUUUUCACUCAAAAUCUCACGAUACAUGGCCCCAUUCAUUCUUUCCUUUACACAGAUCAGUCGUCCUGGUCCCUUUGCAGAAAAACAGCCCCAAAGCAUGAUGUUUCCACCCCCAUGCUUCACAGUAGGUAUGGUGUUCUUUGGAUGCAACUCAGCAUUCUUUGUCCUCCAAACACGACGAGUUGAGUUUUUACCAAAAAGUUCUAUUUUGGUUUCAUCUGACAUUCUCCCAAUCCUCUUCUGGAUCAUCCAAAUGCACUCUAGCAAACUUCAGACGGGCCUGGACAUGUACUGGCUUAAGCAGGGGGACACGUCUGGCACUGCAGGAUUAGAGUCCCUGGCGGCGUAGUGUGUUACUGAUGGUAGGCUUUGUUACUUUGGUCCCAGCUCUCUGCAGGUCAUUCACUAGGUCCCCCUGUGUGGUUCUGGGAUUUUUUGUGAUCAUUUUGACCCCACGGGGUGAGAUCUUGCGUGGAGCCCCAGAUCGAGGGAGAUUAUCAGUGGUCUUGUAUGUCUUCCAUUUCCUAAUAAUUGCUCCCACAGUUGAUUUCUUCAAACCAAGCUGCUUACCUAUUGCAGAUUCAGUCUUCCCAGCCUGGUGCAGGUCUACAAUUUUGUUUCUGGUGUCCUUUGACAGCUCUUUGGUCUUGGCCAUAGUGGAGUUUGGAGUGUGACUGUUUGAGGUUGUGCACAGGUGUCUUUUAUACUGAUAACAAGUUCAAACAGGUGCCAUUAAUACAGGUAACGAGUGGAGGACAGAGGAGCCUCUUAAAGAAGAAGUUACAGGUCUGUGAGAGCCAGAAAUCUUGUUUGUUUGUAGGUGACCAAAUACUUAUUUUCCACCAUAAUUUGCAAAUAAAUUCAUUAAAAAUCCUACAAUGUGAUUUUCUGGAGAAAAAAAUUCUCAAUUUGUCUGUCAUAGUUGACGUGUACCUAUGAUGAAAAUUACAGGCCUCUCUCAUCUUUUUAAGUGGGAGAACUUGCACAAUUGGUGGCUGACUAAAUACUUUUUUUCCCCACUGUAUCAUUCCUGUGCGCCUAGUCUUGAAAGAUGAGCACACUAACUCCCCAUACAUACUCACACUCAGCCACUAUGUUCCACCCAAACACAGCAGCACUGGUUAACAGACAGGAAUGCUGGUAAACACUGUAUAGUAUAUGUAGAAAGAGGAGGAAGGGAAGCGCUACUAAGGUACACAAUAGUAAAUGUUGGUAGACAGAAGGUGCUCUUUGGUCAAAGGGGUGAAUUGGUCAUCAAAAAGAAAGGAGGACCAAGGCACUCUUCAUAUAAUUAAUUAAAAUGCCUUUAUUAGUAUGGCAUGUUCAAUAGAAACAAUAUAUUUUUUUAAUCCGACGCGUUUGGGCUGCAUGGCCUUCGUCAGGGUUUCAUAUAGGAUCAGGGGUGUGCUAGUCAUACCUUUGAUGGGUAUUUUUGAUGUUGAGUAAGAAUAAGCCCAUAUUGUUGUUUUUCAAUAUCCACAAUCUGAUGAUCUAAUAAAAUGAUCUAUUAAAAUGUAGAAAUUCACCAACUUCUCAUAAGAGGAAAGGCAGGUUUUGAUAUUAGUUAUGUGCUCUCUGCAUGACUGUUCAUCAAAGAGAGGCAGUGUCUGUUUUGCCUGUGGCUAGAAUGAUGUUAUCCUGCUGUCAUUAUGAGAUAUUAUCUCUCACACCAGACCCACUUUUUCAUUUUCCCGAACACAGUAGGCCUGGUGUCUGAGAUCUGCAAGCAGACAGAAAUAAAUAAUGAGUAACAAUCUUUAUACAAGAAACAAUCUAUGCAAAGAAAACAAUUAGCAGUAACAAUACAGUUCCUGUAACACGUUCAAAAAUAAUCUCUAAGGAAAGAGAUAGCGGUUUGUAGAUCAAACAAAAAAGUCAGAUUAUCUGAGCCGUUUGUGCCCCAACUUCCACUAGGAGACCGUAUUGUUUGGGAUUCCGGAUAUCCCAGAGAAACCCACUGUUAUGUUGCACAGGGAGGGAGAGGGAGAGGGAGAGGGAGAGGGAGAGGGAGAGGGAGAGGGAGAGAGAGGACAUGGCUGACCAGGCCCAGGAAGGCAGGACUGACAUGGCAGCUCUGAGAAAUUUAGGCCAGGCUUCCCAUGAAAACAUGCUGCUGAAUGCUCCGCCACAUAUCAUUUAUUAG